CCACACGCCCCCCCAGCCCAAUAUAACUUUUUAACGGAAAUACCGCCCCUGUGCUCGUCUCCGAUUGGCCGCGCAGUCGAGUAUCGACAUUCCAUUUGGAAAGUCUUCGGCGACUGUCUCUCCUCUGAUUGGUCCGGCGUGGCGUCACAGUGUUGCUUAUGCCAUUUCUGUAAUUGACGUUUUAUUUCAUGAAGGACUUCGGGGGAAGUCCGUGCAGCGAGAGAUCGGGGCAACUUCCAUCCUUUUAUUCAUAGCGGGAAACUCGCAGCAACCAAACUUUGAGCUGGAGGAUGGUUCCGAAUGGAUUAUCAUGAGCCGAUGGUGGCAGCGGUUUAAUUUCAUCCCUGGACCGACAGCUGAGAGCGCCCACGUUGGGGCCUCAGGAAGGAUUGAUAGAUUCGCAGAUCAAGGCGCGUUAAUGCCGAAUUCUCACUAGGGAAAGCGAGGCAUUUUUUUUUCCUCCGCUGGUGGGGAGAAGGUACCAGAUUCUUCUGAUGGGCGCGUCCUGCCUGUUCGCAGUGGUUUAAUUGUGACUCUGGAAUUGUAAACUUGUCCCUCAAACUACCGUUGGCUCUUUCGGUGUUUAACAAGCGGCCAGUCCGAGUGCAGCCACACCCUCCCUGUGCUUCCUGAUAGGAGAUGCAGACUCCUGGGUAACUUUGUCAUUCCAACACAACAGGACCCACUGGAAUUACAGCGCUGGUGCUUGAAUUUUAUUUUUACAACUGACAGUAACUUCUGGGUUAUUUUUUAAACAAUCCUUUCCCCACUAAACGCUGAAUGAUCGGAAGAGGAAAGCUCGAGAUAAAAAGGAACAGGUUUUGUGUUGCGGGAGUUUAAUUCUCCUAGCAGUGUGGAUCCAGUAGCGGGUAAGCCCAGGAAGAAGUGAAAAGUGAAGCGAUGUACUGUGUGAAAGGUUACUUUUAACCCCUUCCGUUUCGAUCUAUACAAUUAAAGACAGUGAAGAGGAUUCGCGACGUGAGAUAAAGUAUCCAACAGCAAAGGGUCAUCAUGUACAGAGCCGGGAGAUUGUGGGCUCUCGGACGGAGAACAUGCGCUUCUAGCUGUGUGGACGAAAGGAAUUGAAAGGUCCGUCCAGUACUUGUUUACAAAGCAUCCCGGUUUCUCCUCAGCUCCUGGAGGGAGGAAAAAAAGGCUUCUGGUGUACUUCUGUUGUUAUUUUCCCCCCUUUCUGCUCCAUUGAUGGAACGAUGAUGCGGGCAGAGAGGGAUACUGGGCUGAAUCGGAACUGCGCUGGUCAUACAAGCGGCAUGCAAGGGGCCGCUCGGCACCAUGGCUAACAGCGGCUCGGCCAAGUCGACGAGCAGCAGCGGCAUCAGCUCCCAGCAGAGGAGGAGACUCGUCUUUAUAUGCGACAUGUGCAAGAGCAAGAUGCAACUGGUGGCCGACCUGCUCCUGCUGUCCAGCGACAACCGGCCGGUCAACACGGACAGCCUUUCUCCGGCCUCGGUGGAGUCCUUCGACAAGAGCCGGGACGCCGUCAUCGCCCGCACCAAGGGUCUCUCCAUCCUCACCCACGACGUGCAGAGCCAGCUCAACAUGGGCAAGUACGCCGAGGUGGGCGACAGCCUGGCCGAGAUGUGCGAGUUGGUGGUGGCGCUGGUCGAGUCGUCGGCCCACGCCGCCUACCUGGCGGCGGCCGAGGCGCCCGGCUCGCAGGCGGCCGUCGCCGGCCUGGUGGAUCGCUACCGGAUGAGCCGGGCCCGCCACGAAGUGGAGCACAGCUGCAGCCUGCUGCGCACGGCGCCCGUCUCCGAGCUGAGCCCGCAGCUGCUGCUCGAGCUCUCCCGCAACAUCUCCCGAGGCCUCAAGAGCCUGACGGACGCCUGCGUGCUGGCCUCGGAGAGCAGCCGCGACCGCUUCGCCAAGGAGCAGUUCAAGCUCAGCGUCAAGUGCAUGAGCUCCAGCGCCACGGCGCUGCUGGCCUGCGUGCGGGAGCUCAAGUCGCGGCCGUGCGAGGCCACCCGCGCCCGCUGCGUGCUCUUCGGCGGGCCGCUGGUGCAGUCCGUCCACGCCCUGGUGGGCUUCGCCACCGAGCCGCAGUUCCUGGGCAAGGCGGCCUCCGUCAGCCCCGAGGGCCGCGCCGUCCAGACGGCCGUGCUGGGCGGCGCCAUGAGCGUGGUGUCGGCCUGCGUGCUGCUCACCCAGUGCCUCCGCGACAUCGCGCUCCAUUCGGACAGCAGCAAGGCGCCCGACUACCGGCAGCGCCUCCAGAACUCCGCCCUGGCCGUGUCGGACGGCUGCAACUUGCUGUCGCAGGCGCUGCGGGACAGGACCUCGCCCAGGACUUUACCGUCACUCAAUUGCCAUUCUGUGAAUUAACCUCCCUCCUCCCCGUCCUUAUUAACACAAGAGACGUUGUUCCCUCCUAAUACCAAAGAAUCCUCGGGCACUGGUGUGUUGUGUGUGUGUCUGAGGGGCGGAGGUGGUGGUGGGGAUUGCAAAACCCCCCUCCCCUCCCCUCCAGUUCACAGAGACUGAUGCAGAGCGAGAGCGGCCACUCAGCCCAUUGUGCCUGUGACAGCUCUUUGAAAGAGCUCUCCAGUUCAUCCCACUCCCCUCGCGGACAGACAAGUGUUCUAAAUUUAGAAGUUUUAAGUAAUUAGGACAGACAAAACAAAGAAUUACAAAAGGCUUAAUCGUGCUGGGUGCGGUUCAAAGUCAGUGUCUUCCGGUUAUCCCACCAUCAUUAUAAGACUCAAUGAUAAAUCAUAUCAACUCAAUGGCCAUUAUGGUUUAGAAGGGUUUUUACCUCAAUUUACAAUAAAUACAUACACACACACACACACACACACACACACACACACACACACACACAUUGACAGCGGGAUGGAAUGUAGCUCCUUUGGGUAUGUGUGUUCUGUGGAAUCAAGUGGUAAGAGAGAAGUGAAUCUGGUGUUAGUGAAAGGGAGUGUGCAUUUGUGAUCGUGAUCUUUUCACGUCUCGAUUCUAAAAGUUGGGAUAAAGCUGCUGUGAGUGUUUGUUUUUUUUUCAGUUUUACACUAUUUGCCAGACGUGGAAGUCUGUCAAGUUUUCUUGCAUGUACUGGAGUAUUUAUUUCAACAUUAAAAUUGUUAUGUUUCUCAUGAGCCUUUUUUUUGUUAAAAGAGCUUAGUGAGAGUUUUGUGUUCUAUUGUGUAAGUUCCAUUAUAUUUUGGGGAAAAUAUUGUGAAGUAAAUAUCAGCAGGUGCAAAGAACUCAUGAAUGGAUGCUGUUGUUGUGGGUGCCUAACUUGAGUCUAUAAGAGCAUGUUGUAUUCCAGAUAUGUACAAAUAUUAUCUAUGACAUCCUUUGAUCGUAAUUGACAAGGUGGAGGGCGUGUUUCUUAAUACUGUGCUGUAUUUAACAAUUUAAUCAGUGUUUGCAAACAGCCACAACAAAAGCUAAAGGACUGGAGUGUUUAUAUAAACAAUAUUCUUUAACUUUCUUUUGCUGUAAUGUCACUGGUUUUGUGGAAGUCAUCAUAGUGAAGUUUAGUCUACCUCACCAUAAGUGUAGGUCAAAGCACAGUUCUCUAUGAUGUCUCCCACAUGCAGUUUAAAUCACCUGAUUCACUGAGAGAGUUAACUCAUUAAUAUCCCUUUAUUCUAACAUGAGGUGUAAGUGUCACUGUUGAGGCUGGCAGUUAUGGUCCACUCCUAAUUUCCUAGGGUCGAGCUUCCUUUCUGUUUGUAGUGCAGUGAAAGGUUUGCUGGGCUAAUUCAGGAGAGCAGUUAGUAAUCGUGGAUGUGAGGCUGAGAUGUAUAAAGACUGGGUAAUAACCUGUCUUUUAGGGAAGGGCAACACAUAGAUAAUGCCACAAUCACCUAAUUAAGGUUCGGUUUUUAUUUUCAGAAUUUGGAAAAACUGAGUUGAAAUCUGACAUUACCGAGUGAGUGUGGAAUGCACACCCAAGCUCAGCCACUUCUGCUGAAUUGUACACCGUUCCCACUGCUGGACUUCACUCUCCAAAGGCCCCCUUUCCCUCUGUAAAACUCUCCUAUCCGCAUUCUGACCUGUACCAUGCCCAUUUGCCUUUUUCCCCUGUGCUUACCGAGCUGCAUUCUAUUCUGAUUCUUUUCAAAGCUCUCCUUUUCCCCACUCUCUGAACCUUCCCAUUCUGGUUCUGUGAAAAUCCUAGAAUUUAACCUGACUUUUAGAAUUUUCUUUCCUAAACCUCUGAGCUACUCAAUGUCCAUUCCUGGGGGGGGGGAGAUCUGUCCCUGAUCGAUCUGUGGUUUCUGUGGGUGUGAAAUCAUGCUCUUCAACCCAUUAUUUGUGUUACCAAUUAUUCAUCCAUACUGAUCCUACACCAAUCUUAAUUUCCUUCUUACAUUUUUGUCAGAUUUUCAGUCUUCAGCUUUCCAGGUGAAAUUUAAUUGUAUCCAAUAUGCUGUGACUUUUAAUACAAAUAACAUGUUAUGCCAUGGUCAGGAAUUGGCUGCCAUUCCAAUGAUAAGUGGGUUAUGUAAUAAAGCCUUACAAUUCUGUCCCUUCAAAUUAAGAGGCAUAAUGAAGAAAUUUUGAAGCUUAGCUAUAGGUGGGGCUUUACACAAUAAUUUUCUUCUCAAUAAUGGCUUUAAAGAUUAGCCUUCAGCACAGUACUGUAUUUGUCAACGUGGACUGGAGAACAAGUCUAAAUCCGGUGGGAGCAAAGGAUCUUGAGAAUGGUGAGGGUAGAGCCAUGUGGGACAGGAGGCAGGGAGGAAUGCCAGGGGUGCAGACACACCCAGCCCCAAGACACCAGGCAAGGUCACUGGAUUUCCAAACAAGUGGUCAGUUGAUCGUGGCAGAAUGUCUCUCUGGUGCUUCCUGCUCCCUUCCCCUUUCCCCAAACAUGAUUCCCUUCCCACUUUCAGCCCACAAUAGAGCCCCACAUCAGAAUUGGGUUUAUCAUCACUCACACAUGUCAUGAGUUCUGUGCUUUUUGUUCUGUUUGCAGCUGCACCACAGUGCAGUAUGUGAAAAUUUACUAGAGUAUAGUACAAAAAAGUUUUAGGCACCCUAGCUCUAUAUAUAGUGACUAAAAUUCUUGCACAGUACUGUAUUUGUGGCUUGUACAUUAAAAUGUACAGAGAGAUGCAUCAUUUCACCUAUCCAUAGAUGCUUGAUACAACAGCUUAUUAUUGAGAAGCAACUUAAAUUUCUGACAGAAGUGUAUUUGUCUCCAGCUUAAUGGGAUUGCAAAGUACAAUAGUUAUGCAUUUCCCGAACCUCUUCCACCCAAAGUUGUCCUAAUGGUUUUGGGUUCUCAAAGCAUUUCACUCAUAAAUAGCACUGAAGUCAUCAUAAUAAUUGUUAAUCACGAACUUGUACUUUGGACAUUCAGUUUAAUAUUUGAAUUUUCCGGUGGGGUUCCCAAUAGGAUGAGGUGGACACCUGUUAUAGUCCAAUUUGUUCUGUAUGUCUGACUUGAAAAGGAUAAAAAGCCACUGUUGCAAUUAAUUCUCUUGUUUUCCAAUAAAGUGUAGUUAGGUUAAAAUA